GCAGUAUACAAACGCAUCCAAACACAAACAGUUCACAGUCGUGGAGAAAUGUCCGAGAGUGAAAUUUGCCUCUCGCAGAGUUUAUUGAUUUUCUCAAUUCAAGCACCAAAGGCUGAAAAAUAGAUUUUUAUCAGUUUGAGUUGAAACAGAAAUUUAAAGUGAAGUGCAGAAACAGGAAGUGAAGAGUCCUUGAUGAGGAUAGUGCCUGAAUAUUGAUUUUCACAGAGCUUCUGACAACGUGGAUUUUUUUUUUAAAUUUAGCACGCAAAUAUCGCCUUUGGUUUUCUCCUCAACCUCUUGUGCUAUUCCGAAUUGUGGGUGGGAGUGAAAAUUUCACUUUUUGCUCUUUUUUUUCCCUUACACAAUCGCAAUAAAUAAUAUUGUUUUUUUAAUUUAAAAAAUGUGGUCUAACACCCUUAAAGAAAUUAUCUUCCAAUAAUGUUAAAAUUGAAGUGUACGAGUUGGAUGAUGUGAAAAGAAACCCAAGUUCAAGUGCAGAAAAAUUAUUUUGCAGAUAAAAAUAGAUUUCCUGCGAAAAUUGUGAGAGAGACUCAUCAAUACAACAUUUUUCACGAAAAACGAACAUUGAAAAAAAAAAAACAUUGAGAAGUGAGGCAGAGGAAAUAGAAAUUCAUCAUCAUGGAACAGAGAUCAGACAGCCUUCACCUGAUAAAUCCCUUCGUUCACAAAAUGGAAUUAAUCAAUCCAUUGGACAAAGUGAAAACUGCGGUUUUCACUGUUCUCCUUCUUCCAUUUCGCGUCAUUGUGAUCUGUAUUCUUCUGCUACUGGCCUGGUUUUUAGCCUGUAUCGGACUCUUUGGUCUAACCGACGAAGAUUUACGAUCAAAGCCAAUGAAAGGCUGGCGAAGGACGAUACAAAUAAUGACCGCUGCUGUUAUGAGAUAUUUAUUCAUGGCUGGGUCUUUUCAUCGGGUGCAGUUUAAGGGGGACUGGGCACCACCGAAAAAAGCUCCCAUUUUGGUUGUAGCACCCCAUUCGUCCUUCUUUGACUCGCUCGUGGUGGUCCUCUUGGGGCCACCAGCCGUUGUGGCCAAGGCUGAGACGGCGUCUCUGCCAUUUUUCGGAAAAUUAAUAAAUUACACUCAGCCGAUUUAUGUUUGGCGAGAAGAUCCAAAUUCACGACAAAACACAAUAAAGGCCAUCAAAGAAAGGGCUAAUUCACCUGAAGAUUGGCCACAGAUUAUCAUCUUUCCGGAAGGAACAUGCACCAAUCGCUCUUGUUUGAUUACAUUCAAACACGGAGCCUUCUACCCAGGAGUCCCUGUUCAGCCGGUUUGCAUUCGUUACCCUAAUCGCCUGGAUACAGUCACAUGGACUUGGGAGGGUCCAGGAGUGUUGAAAUUGCUCUGGCUGACUCUAACUCAAGUCCACAGUGCAUGCGAAGUGGAAUUCCUUCCAGUGUAUGUUCCAUCGGCAGAAGAGAGAGCCAAUGCCAAAUUGUACGCUCACAAUGUGCGAAAUGUUAUGUCCAAAGCACUUGGCUUGCCAAUAUCUGACUACACGUAUGAUGACUGCAAAAUAUUGACACGUGCCAAAGAAAUGAAUCUUCCAUUUGCUCCAUCGAUCGUCGACGUUGAGAAACUACGUGAGAGUGUUGGACUCAAUAAGAAUCAUUCAGAGGAGAAAAUUGCAGCAUCUCCAGCUGGAAAUAUCCCAGAAAAUUCAAUAAACUACGUUGAAUUUUGUCAAAGGCUCCAAAUUCAACAGAGUCAUCCCCAUGCCCACAAACUCUUCUCACUAUUCGAUCCGCGAUCCAAUGGCGUUAUUGACUUCCGAGAGUACCUGCUCUGCGCACUGUUUCUGAUAAAGCCCAAUCAACCCCAAAUUGAUUUGGUUAAAUCUGCUUUCAAGUUGUACGAAAGCAGUUCAGGAGGUGUUACCCGAAAAAUCUUUAGCCAAAUUCUCAAUCAUACACUGGCUUUGCCGGAAGAAGUGACACAAGUAAUAUUUUCUCACAUUCGAAAAGGGACAUUAGACUUCAUUACAUUUGAUGACUUUGUAUCCUACGCAAAAGGAAAGGCUGAAUUCUCAAAAAUAUUCUCUCAAAAUUUUGACUCAUGCGAAAAACCAAAACAACCCUAAAUUAAAUUCUAGUUUUUUUGUGUUAAAUGUUCAUGUCUUAUUUUAAUUUUUUUACUUAUUUAUCUUAACCAGAACAUUCUGUAAAAGAGAUAAUGUGAAAAUGGCCAUUUACUGUAAGCUCCCUUUCUACUUUAUAUGCCGAAAGAAAUGCCGUAGUUACCCAAUUAAUAAUUUAUUUUACCCAUAGAACUGAUAUUUAAAAAUUAAAAAAUAUAUGUUUUGUGUGUUAAAAAGUUAAAAAAAAGAAUAUUAUAUAUUUUUGUAGCCCAAAACUACUUGUAACUCAAGAGUCUUUAGGAAGAGAUAUUGAAUUCCAGGAGAAUGUUAGAAAAAUUACUCUCAAGGUUGAUUUGCAUUUAAAUUGCUGAUAUUUUUUUUUUCAAUUGGACAAUCAUUUGUUUGAAAAUUUGUAUUAAAAAAAAGAAAAGAAUUUCAAAAAAUAAAUUAGCAAUGACGUGUCGAUAAAUAAACUUCACCUCCUGCCAGAGAGUCAAAGGAAUAUUGUGUACUUAUUGAGGAAGAAAUCACUACAAAAAAUACUAUUUUGUACGUUAUUACGAAUGGAACUUACUGUAUUGUGUAGUUGUCUGUAUUGUGGUAGAAUUACAAAAAAAAGAAUACUUGAGUAUUUAUAGGAAUUUGAAAAUUUAGAAUUAUCCAACAUUAUUUUUUUUUAUUAGAAAAUACAUUCAUUGAGAAGAAAUAAUUUACAUUGAAAACAGGAAAAUAUUCAAAAUAAUACAGAUGAAAAUAACAAAUGCAAGUCCAGCCUAAAUAAACCAGUAUUUAUAGUAA